GCUCUUCCGGGUCGGGGUUGGGGGCGGCCGCAGCGGACAGUGAAGGGCAGCGGCUGCGGUGGGUCCUGCGGUCGGGAUUUCAAUUAUGGCAGGUCCAGAAUCUGACAGUCAGUAUCAGUUCACUGGUUUUAAGAAAUACUUCAAUUCAUACACCCUUAAUGGCAGAAAGAAUUAUGUACUGGCCACUUAUGGAGGAAUCGCUUUGCUCAUACUUUACUUCAAGGCAAGGUCUAAAAAAACUCCAGCUGUGAAAGAAACAUAAAUGGAGCCCAGUAUAUGUGUGUGUGUGUGUGUGUAUACUUUGUCCAUCAUCAAGUUCCCUGGCUAAAGGACCUGCUGUCAACUUAGCAUGUAAUCUAUAGCUCUUGAAAUAAAACAUGAACUCAGAAAA